CGACAUUUCUCGCUGGCCUCGGGGCCGACACGAGCGUCGGCACUGACACCGAGCUCGAACACAGUCCAGUGCUCGAUCUUUCUCGGCAGUAUUAGUACUACAUAUGGGGACUGGUUUCUCUUUCGCCAGUUUCCGCCCAGACAUUCCAACCUUAAGAAGAUCCUCGAGAAAGAGAAGGACAUUUAGAUAGAUAGGUAGAUACAUAGAUAAGUUUGUAAACUUCCCGCCCUGCGGGAACGAUAUAUUAGCUAGAUCUACAAAAUAUGUUUGGGUUGGAUCGAUUUGGACCGCACAUCCACUAAUGCACCUCGAUUGUGUUGCAGAAUAGCAGAAGUGGGUCUGAUCAGGCCGUGCGUUUGAAGGGUACGAGAGUUGGGAGUUGAUGAAGGCGCACUCGUCAUUCUAUGUGGGGGAUUUCAGCUGUACUGGUCCUGGGAAGAGAUCUGUGAAUCGAGUCCUCAGUUGCGGUUUGAAUUUCUUCCAGAAAAUACAGUUGCCCCUGGAAUGCCUUCGAUCUAGUCCUAGAUACUACGAGCAGGGUGGACUUGGGAAGUAUUGUAAGUCGAUUUCUGGAGGCUCUUUGAUGAAGGCUCCGAGAAGGAUCGAAUGCGGUGCCGCAGGCUAGGAAUUUAGCAGGCGGCUAGCAGUGUAGCACGGUUGUACGUAGCGAUCGGGGCGAUGGCGGCAGCCGAGGAUGAAGGCUUGACGCUGGCUCUGGACAGAACCGUGGACGCACCGUCUUUGGUCAUGGUGGAUCAGAGGGGCUCGGAGACGAUGUAUAUCAUGGGGCUCGCCUUCGCGGACGAGGACGAAUCGCCGUCACCUCGAAGAUCUUUCGGCAAAGAGUCUCCCAAUCUGCAGGAGCUUCCGGCCAGGGCAUGGGGCAAGGAGGUGCACACCGGUAGGCUCAGUCACGUGGUGAUCGCGGUCGAUGCGAGAGCUAACAACAAAUGGCGGAGGACUAAAUCGCAGAAAGGAGUGAAGGGGCUGGUCAGGCGCCUGGGAAGCUCCAGCAGCAAGGCAUGGAAGAAAUGCUUCCGCCCGUGCAUGGACAUAGACUCGGAACGCGCGAUAGAUCUCGGAAACUUGAACAGCGAUGAUAUGUUGAAAGAAUCGGUGCCCGUGCUCUUCAAGGACGACAGCCCCGGCUUGCAGGAGCAAGCGAUGAGAGCACUCCUGCACCUGUCGGGCAUCUACGGAAAUCCUCUCAAGAUCGUGUCUUUCCCCAAAGCCGUCGAAGGCGUGGUGAGAUUGCUGCUCCGGGACGACGAGCCCAAUUUGCAGAGGCUCGCCACGCUGACCUUGGGAAAUCUGGCCCUCCGGCAGGUGAACGCAGUGGCUUCCGUAGCCAUGGAAGGACUGGCCAGGUUGCUGUUCGAGAAGGAGGGCAGAUCGUUGGAGCUAAGCAUUCAGCUGCAGGAGGAGGCAGCGUCGGUGCUGGCGAACAUCUGCUACGCACCCGAGGGCGGAAGGAAAGUGAUGAAUCCCUGGACCGACGCUUUGGCAGGUCUGAUCAAGUUGUUGUUCAUGAACGACCGCAAGGGCGCUCAGGAAGAGGCCACGAGGGCUUUGGUGAACCUGGCUCUGGUGCAGGAGAACGCGCAGAAGCUGCUCGAAUUCCCCACUGUCAGUGUCAUCGGAGGUCUGGUGGGGUUGCUGACGGAUUUCGAGAGGCCCGCCGUUCUGGACAACGCCACCAGAGCAUUGGCGAGCCUGUCGUACGCACCGCAGAAUGCAAGGAAGAUUGCGGAGUCGGAGCACUUCGGUCGCGCUCUGCAGGGCCUGGUUGGCAUGCUCAUGAGGAGACGACGCAAGGAUGCCACAUUGCAGGAGCUCGCGGUCAUGACGCUGGCUAAUCUCUCGAUCACUCCGGACAUUCAAAUUCAGAUCGCCGACUUCCCGAAUGUGCUGCCCGAGCUGCUGUGGUGCUUGACCCAGAGCAACGAUCACUCGGUGGUGGAGCACGCGGCGAUGGCCAUGGGGAAUUUGGCCAUCGCGCAGGAGAACCGGCCCAAAAUUGCCAAUCUCUCGGGCGUGCUGCGGGCGCUGGUGGAUGUGAUGACGGACGACGAGAACCCCGGAGGUCAGGAGCACGCCGCCUACGCUCUGAGCAACCUCUCGCACGCGCACGAGUGGAACCAGCUGAAGAUCGCCGAUGUGCCGGGAGUCAUGAAGGGCGUGGUCCAUCUGCUGACCAUGGAGGCGAGUCCGAGCUCGCAGGAGCAAGCGGCCCGACUGCUGGCCAAUCUCACGUACCCUCAAGAGAACAGCGCCAAAAUCAUCACGUACCCGAGCGCUCUGACAGGCCUGGCCGCCCUGUUGGCCAAGCACGAGAACAUCAAUCUGCAACGCGAGGUGACCAGGGCCUUCGCCAAUCUCACCUGCUCUCGAGACAAUCGGUGGAUCAGCGCGUUCUGCACCGAGGGCUUGGCCCGCGUGCUGGUGACGUACAGCGCCCGAAGACAUGCAGCCAGUUCGGUGGAGAUCGUGGAGAUUCCGGAAGCAGCGAUCCCGCAGCUGGAGACGAAGCCCUCUAUGCUCGCAGCUUCGGGCGAGGGCGAGGGCGAGACAGGGCUCGCCCUGGGAGACGCGGAGGAGAUGAUGGAAGUGCGCAUGGUGGACAUCGCAGCAGUUGAAGGUGUGAAAGCAGCGGAGCAGGGCUUGGCAGCUCUCGCUCUGGAGAGUCAGGAGGCUCCGACGAGCCAGAGAUGCGAUGGCCAAGUGCUCGUGGUGGAAGACGAUCUGCCGAAAAGUCCACGACCGGAAGUGGCUCCCGAGGCUAUGACUGUGGAGCAGCCCAGAGUCACGGUGCAGCCCUCUGCGAUCGCCAAGUCCGAGAACGAGCAUGAGAGCGACGAGCACCACAUGGAGGUGAAAAUGUUGGACGUGGCUUCGGUCGAGCACGUACAGGCCGCGAACAUCAGCGAGAAGCGAGUGCUGAGCGACCUCGAGAAGAGCGAGAGAAUUUCGCGAAUCGAGAACAUCUCGAAGAAGCUGAGCCGACUGGCUAUGCAUCCGGACCAGGCGAGCAUGGAAACGCUUCCGGAUUUGACCACGACGGUGUCGGACGAGACCGAUACGAGCAAAUUUUCUGCUACAGGUAAGGAUCAGCAGCAGCAGCAGCAGGCCGAGAUAGAUCUGGAGAUGGAACACUUGGCCGAGGUGGACGAGGGUGGGUCAACGCUCGAGCAAUCCCGACCUCUUCUCGCGGAAUUUCAAUACAGAAGAGACGAGAACGAGCUGAGAACGAGAGAGGUGGAGAAUCUGAUUCUGGAGCAGGCGUCCAUUGCUCUGGGCAACCUCGCAAUUCACAAGGAAAAUAAGAGGAUAAUCGGCGAGUGCGAGGAUGCUCUGUCAGGGCUGCUGGGACUGUUGCCCCGAUACGACAGUCCGUCUGUGCAGGAGAAUGCAGCAUGGGCUCUGGCGAAUCUGUUCCACGAGGAAGACGGCAGUGAUGUGGUCGACACCAUCGCUGAGCUCAAGGGGCCCCGGGCCAUACAGUCGCUGGGAGAAUUGCUCCUGGACAACGAGAUUCCGCUGGUCCAAGAGCAGGCCACGAGAGCGUUAGCAAAUCUCGCCUACUUCCCCGAAAAUCAAGCAGAGAUCAUCGAGUUGCCCAAAGCCUUGAGCGGUGUCGUGGGUUUGAUGUCCAACGAUGAGAACCCUGGAAUUCAAGAGAAGGCAGUGCGGCUAUUGACUAACCUCACCUGUGCCAAAGAGUACUGGACGACUAUUGCAGAAUUCCCCGGUGUGGUUCCGGGUCUGUCGGAUCUGCUCGCCAAGGAGCAAAACCCUGAUAUUCAGAGGACGGCAGCAAUGUGUUUGAGUAACCUUGCCCUGGCGCCUGAAAACAUACCCACCCUCGUGGAGUCACCGUCCGCCAUGGCAAGCGUAGUGGAACUGCUGUCGAACGAUGAGAAUCCCGGUGCUCAAGAGCAAGCGGCCAAGUUCAUCGUGAAUGUUGCCGCUUGUCACGAUGCGACUCACCAGCUGAGAAUUUCCGAGUUCCCACGGAUCCUACCAGAACUAGAAAAGUUUUUGUUUCAAGACGAAAGCCCCGGCGUGCAAGAGCAAGCCAUUAAAGCUAUCGUAAAUCUGGCUCGAACUCCAGAGAAUAAACAGAAGGUUAUGGAAGAGCCCGAUGCUCUGUUGGGUAUUGCUAGGAUGCUGUCCAGGGAUGACAACUCUGUCGUGCAACUGAACGGUGCUCUGGCGUUCAAAAAUCUGUCUCUGGAGAUCUCCAGUCUUCAGAAAUUGGUAGACUGUCCCAAUGUCCUGGCAGGGUUGGUCAGAUUACUUUCGAGGCACGGCGAUUAUGCGCUGGAGGCAGCAGUUCUGACAUUGCUGAACCUGUCGCGGCUGAGACACAUUGCAAUUGCAAUUGCGAAGUACGAUUAUCCCAAGGUUCUGAUAGACCUGGCGAUGCUACUGCGCAUGAGUAACAAUAAGCUCGUGGUCGAGUCGACAGCGAUGAUCUUGACGAACCUUGCCAACGCUCCAGAAAAUCGACAACUCAUGGCAGACGUUCCCGAAGUUGCCAAGGGCCUCGAGUGGUUGCUGUCGGACUGCGCUCUGGAAGAACAGCUGCUGAUGACGGCCAUGUCCGAUUCUCAGACGAUGGUGAUCUCUGAUGCAGAAGGAGAGUUAGACGAGGCAGGUGUGAGCGCCCGCGGUUUUGACAAUAAGGAGAGCCUCAAAGGUCAACGCACGGGCACUGGAUUCUGGGCUGCCACGGCCCUGACAUUGAUCGACCUGCCUCGAGCCCGAGGGCUGACUCUGCAUUCAGGUGAGGCUUACAAAGGACGAGGGAAUGCGAUGAUUUGGAUGGGGCUGGUUAAAGAGGCCAUCGAAGAGUUUGACGUCUCUACUCAGCUACAACCAGAAGCACCUGGAACAUUCAGUCUACGAGGAAUAGCGAAGUCUUUAAUCCAAGACUACGAAGCAGCACUGAUCGACGCCGACAGGGGCAUCGAGCUAGACCCACAAUACGGAGGUUGGUAUCAAGAGCGAGGAAUUCUGAAAAGAAUGAUGGGGGACUUGCCGGGAGCUUUGGCAGAUCUCAACAAGGCAGUAGAACUGGAGAAAGACGACUACGAGAUGCUGAAACAUCGAGGAUACGUCAGGUUUCUGCUGCACGACGAAGACGGAGCUCGAGAGGAUGCGGAAUGGGCUCUCCGGGUCCAGGAUUUGUCCGCCACCCUAGACGAAUCUCAGUACCAUGACUACAUCAUGAGCUUCCUGGGAGCGCUACCCGUCGAAUACUUGGACUACAAACUUAGAUAGCAACGGCACCCAAUUCUAGGAUAGGAUGGAUCGUUUACUCGAGUCUCCUUCAGCGCUCGAGUGUACAUAUAUGCCUAGAUUGCCAACUGUCCUCCUGAUUGUACAUACAUACAAUUUUUGGACAUUGAUAGAGCUCUGAGCGUGUUCCGAAGACCGAGCACUGGAAAACUCGGUCGUUCAUUUAGCUCGAUACACUUGUAUUAUAGUGCCCCGAGUUAGAACGUAGGCCUUCCUUACAAUGGGUCCACUCAAUUUCGACCCAUUCACGACCCCCAAUUUAGUUUAAACAACAAUGUAGCUCCCCCGCGAGAGAAAAGAGCUUCCGGUUUGAGAGGACCUUUCCUCUCUCAAAUUAGUAUUAGACAUCUAUACAUUGAUCUGAUUUAGCUAGGAACAGAGCAUGCUAUUCGAUAGUACAACAGGAGGAUUGUACGGGAGAAGCUACACAAGAUGCUAUCUACCUGUUACAUUUGUAGGUGUGUCAAUGGACACUUUGUUACUCGCAUAAUGUCUGUUGAUUAAAUCGUCCUUGAGGAAAGACAACCGAUGACCAGAUUGAUCAUCACGUCGCCUUUCGUGUGACGAAUGGAUCUAAUCGGUGAGAUCCAGUGACAGCCGUCUGAAAGAUGUUUGCUUCUGGGAAACGGGAUUCAAUCUCAUGUCUGUCUCUUCUUCUUCUCAAAUUCUUUGGGCUCCAGAGGAUUUACUCUUCUAUAGCCUCGGGUUGGUCAUUUACAUCUGCUGUGAACGAGCGUUGUAAUCAAAACAGAAGGUCGUAGAACUGCGGUGGUGAGGCAGAUUAUGUUCGUUCACAUUACAAGCCACCGACAUGUUCAACUAUAUGAAGGACCCGAAUCUGACACCCUGAAUGUUAAUACCUCGUCAACUGUGCUCAAAGCAUCGGUCAACUUUUGUAGAGUUCGAUUUGAAGAAAUGUGCUGGGCUUGUUUCGCCUCCUUGAAAGCGCAAGCUGUGGUCGUGGAAGGACAAGAGUGACGCGCCAGCUGGCGUUCCGAAACCAAUAUUUCAACUUUUCCCCGAUCGCUAAUGGAAUCAGAGAAAAUCCCUUCACUCACCGUCCGCUUUUCUGUUUUCGUUUGGUGAAUUAGAGGAGUCUGGUCUUGUAAGAGCAUGGUUACAUGAAAGGAGUCCGUUUCUCGGGGUCGGAUCUUGGAAAACACUUGAGAAUCUCCAAUGCAUCUGGAACAGAAACUUGUCCAAGUCUUUGGAUCUCGUCGUCAUUUCGUCUCUGCGAGCUCUCCGAUUGGAAAUCGUGAGUGGCAGAUCCCGCAAUAGCGACAUCGUUCCGAAGAGGCAAAAUUUCUCGAAAUCACUGCCCUCCCGAUCGCCGUAGGGAUGUAGAAUAAAAGUCUAUGUCGAAGGCCAGUAACCACUCGAUCACGGUGCCCUGGCGACUCCGCGUAUCACGCACUGGGUCCCGAUGUCUUGACUCCGUGCACGCUGGACCUCAAUGUUUCCAAAAUCAGCAGGUCGACUGUCAAUCGGACGGACGAGCCCAAAUCUGCCUCACGUUC